AUGAGUUAUUCUAAUCAUGUUUAUAAAAUAUCAAUUUUUGAGACAUUGGCUAAUUUUUAUUUUAUUGGUAAAGAUAGAACAGGUCAAAAAUAUUCUGUUUUGAAGAUUGAUAGAACACAUAGUUAUGAUUUAACUAUUGGUGAACCAGAACAUAACUAUACACAAAAAGAAGUUGAAGAAUUAUUAGCAACAAUCUCUGGUAGUUCAAUUAUAGUUAAAGGUAGUUUAUCCCUUAUGGGAAUUGGAAACGGAUCCAGAAAAGGUUUAAAUGAAGUAGUAGGAAAAUCUUAUGGGAUUAUUGGAGCUGUAAAAUUUUUAGAGGGUUAUUAUAUUAUUGUUAUUACUGCAGCAAGACCUGUUAGUUAUAUUGGAUAUCAUGUUAUUUAUAAAAUUGAAGAAACACAAAUGAUAUAUUUACCUUUUAAUAAAACAACAAAUUAUGAUGAGCAAAGAUAUUUAAAAUUAUUUCAAUUAAUAGAUUUAUCAACAAAUUUUUAUUUUUCAUAUACAUAUGAUUUAAGUAAAACACUUCAAGAAAAUAUUUUACAUAAUAAUAUUAAUAUGCAAAAAGAGUCACAAUUUUUUUGGAAUAAUUAUUUAUUGAAACCAUUAAGAGAUAGUGGAGUAGAUGAAAAAUGGCUUGUAAACAUUAUGCAUGGAUAUAUUGGACAUCAAGUUAUAGAUAUGCCUUUAUCAAAAAAUAUGAUAUCAUUUGUUAAAUUUUCAAUAACAUUAAUAGGUAGAAGAUCAUCAUAUUAUGCUGGUACAAGAUUUUUAAAAAGAGGAGCAAAUUAUAAAGGACAUUGUGCUAAUAAUAUUGAAACUGAACAAAUCGUUUGGGAAAUGACAUCAUCAAGUAAUUUUUAUUAUGGUAAUUUUUCUUCUUUUGUCCAAAGACGAUCUUCGGUUCCAUUAAUCUGGUCGCAAGAUCCCUCAACGCGUGGAGUUGUUGGAAAACCAUCAAUUCAAUUAAAUAUUAAUGAGCCAAAUUCAAAAACAGCAGCAAUACAUUUUUCUGAGUUAGCAACAAAAUAUGGAUGUCCAAUUGUUGUUAUGAAUCUUGUUAAAAGGAAUGUUAAAAACGCAAAAGAAAAAAUUCUUCAUACAGAAUUUCUUAAAAGUGUCAACAAUCUUAAUCAAUUUCUUCCAAAAAAAAAUAAGAUUGCUUAUCUUUCUUUUGAUAUAGCACAUUAUCAUAAAACAAAAACUUCAGUUCUUUUUAAAUUAGAAGAAAUAGGGUAUCGUAUAUUAAAUGCUCAAGGAUGGUUUCAAACAAAACCAUCAUCUUUUUUAAUUAAAAAUCCAAAGAAAUAUUUUUUAGAAAAUUUUAAACCAUUACUUACAGAAAAUGAUAGAACAAAUGUUGCACAAUUUGGUAUGGCAAAAGUAGCCUUAGGAUGCCAAUUAUAUUCAAUGGGUUUAAUUGAUGAACCAAUUAUAUCUUUUUCAAGUGAAUUAUGUAAAAAUUUUGAGGAGAUGUUUGAUGAACAUGGAGAUACAAUGGCGUUACAAUAUGCUGGUUCACAAUUAGUACAUACAAUUAAAACAUACAAAAAAAUAUCAGCAUUUCAAGAAAAAAGUAGAGAUGUUAUACAAACAUUAUCAAGAUAUUAUAGUAACACUUUUGGAUAUUACAUUCCACAUGAAAUGAAAAAUAUUUAUCCACCUAUAUGGGAUAUAUCAUCUGACUUUAUGUUACAUUUUACAAAUGACGACAAAAAAAAAGGUGGUAUUUUUGAUGUUUGUAAAUGGUUUGAAAGUAUAACAAUAAAAAAAACAAAUAUUGAUAAUUAUAGCAUAGAAAAUUAUAAUUUAUUUGAUGAUUAUUAUAAUUGUCAAAAAACUACAUUUUUUAAAGAUAAAUUUAUUAGUAUUGUUCCAAUAAAAACACAAAAUUUGGAGCAUCUUAAACAAGAACAAUUACAAUCUUCUUAUUUUAUUAAAUUAUUUAAACAAUCAGAUACUACAUCAAAUGAUGAUUCUGAUAACAAAAGAAAAAUUUCAAAAACUAAACAAAAAGAUGGUUAUAAUAGUGAUGAUGAUGAAGAUGAUUAUGAAGAUGAAAUUACAAUAUCAUCAGAUAUGGAAGAAAUAUUGUAUGAUUAUGAUUUUAAUAAUGUAAUACCAUCUGUUCCAGUUUCAAAAAUAUUUAAUAUAUCUCCUAAUUUACCAACAUCUAAUAUAAAUUCAUUUGAUGUUUCUUUUGGAUUAAAUAAUUCUUUUGAAUCAUAUGGUUUUGAAUUAAAAAAUCCUGAUGAAAAAGAUAUGGAAUUAUAUAAUUUAGCUUCUCAAAAAUUAUCAACUGAUGAUAUGAAAUAUUUUAAAAAUCCUUCAAAUGUUAAAACAUUAAGAAAACUCGAUAAAUGUUUUUUACUUGAUAAAUUAUUAACAAUACCACAAGGAUGGAAUGAAAAUAUUUAUAAUUUUGAUUUAAAACCUAUAUCAUAUGAGUCACUUAAAAUAUAUGAAGAUUAUAUAAAAAAAAUUGAAAAAGAUAAUUUUUUAUAUAAUUUUUAA